AGUAGAAAUGCUGAAAUUCGUUUAUUUUCAACAAUGUAAAAUAACAGUAGGUAUAUCUACACCCACUUACGAUAUACUAAAAUUGUGUUUUUUUUUCCCACGAUUCACUUGUACCAUAUUAACAAAAUGAAUGAAUGUAUUUAAUAAUAACUUAAACACUUGCUCUUGAAUCAAACUGUUUACUCUGUAUAAUGGUAUUCUUUGUGUAGUUCACCGACCUUGUAAGUUACAUGUACGUAGAGAUAGCAUAUAUGCAUGUAAGAUCCUACGGUGUUGUCAUUGCGUUAUCUUUGUAUUUUUUGUACAAUUGUAUCGGUCACAGUGUCGGAUGCAAGAAGUAUUGAUACACCUUGGCCGACGUUAGUGUUAUAGGUUAUCUGUUGAUAAACAAAUUAUAAAAUUCAUUUAUUCAAACGUGUUCACCACGUUAUUCGAUUUUUUUUUUUAUUGUUUAUUUAAUAGCACUAUUAACAAGACAUAUCUGUUCGGUUGUCAAUUGGUUCGAUUACGGUAAUUAGGUAGUAAGUAUGUAUUUUAUAGUUUUAAUUAAUAAUGAUUGUGACUAUUAGUCAAAAAUAAAAAAAUAAUGUCUCUUUAUGUGUUUUAUUAUUAGUAUUUUGAAUGCGAUGGCCGAUUAUGUAAAGAUAGUGAUAAACAGAGGUAGUAAUACCGAAAGGGGUGAUUCUCCAUUAGGAUCCUCUGGCAUCACUCCAAACGCUUAUUUUGAAAAAGUCAGACCAGACCAAGUUAGUCGGUGUACAUGGACUGCAGGAUCGAAGACUGUAGAUUCUCCUCAUGUGCAUAAUGAUAAUCCGUAAUUAUUAUAAUGUUAUUUAAUUAAAAUAGUUUAUUAUUAAUUUUACUUACAUAUUUAGAAACAUUAAAACUGGGAUUUUACCCAAUAUACUCCAUGCCAUUGGGCAUACACCAUUAGUUAAGUUGAAUCGUAUACCUCAAACAGAGGGUAUUGAAUGUAACAUGUGUAAGUACUCCAAGUCGAUUAUAAAUUUAUUAUGUAAAAUAUAUAUUUAUUUUUUUUGUAUAUUUCAGUGGCCAAGUGUGAAUUUUUGAAUCCUGGUGGUAGUACCAAAGACAGGAUUGGUUGGAAAAUGGUUGAAGAUGCUGAACGUCAAGGUAUUUUGAAACCUGGAAUGACAAUAAUUGAGCCGUCAUCGGGAAACACAGGUAUUAAUAUAUUUCUUGAGUAAAUAUGUAUGUGUUUUUACAUAUUUUGAUUGGUUGGUUGGUAAUAAAAAUAGCUAAGUCUUUAGGUGUCAAAAUAUUAUAUUUUCAUAACUUAAUAAUUUUAUUAAAUCUUGGCUUUAUCAUUAGAAAUACUUAAAAUUAAAAAAAAAAAAAAAAACACUAUUGGUUGGUCAAUACUGUAGUGUAUAUUUAUUUUAUGGGACCAUUUAUUCAACAUUUAAUCCAUGUAUAGAUACAGCGUGAUCACGAUUUAAGGUAACACUAAAUAUCUCUGGUGGAUGACCUUGUAUUGAAAUGGGGUUUUCGGGAGGUGACAGGGAGUACCUAAAUACAUAUUUUCAAAUUUGUAACACUUUUGGUAUGCGCAUGCGCAAUACAACUUACAUUUUUUUAAUUGAAAACAUUAUUUUUUUUCUACAUAUUCGCAUAGAUUUUUUUUUUUUUUUUUAAAUUGUUUGUAUUCAAAGUUUUUUCUAUUUAUAAAACUAACCAAGUUAGAGUAAGUCAAAAUUUGGAUUUCUGUAUAAUUCGUGUUUAAUGAAAUUUUCAUUUUUAACCACUAGAAAUACUAAAAUAAUUGUGAAAUAAUUAAACAUUAUAUUUAGUGUAUGAUAUUUCGUCAACUGUAUUGAUUAAAUGUAAUACAAAAUAGUUAUAAUGAUAAUAGUAAUAUUAAUAUUAUAAUAAAAAAUAAAAUGUAUUAAAUAAGUUUAUCGUAUGAAUUGUUUAAAAUUUUCACUAUUGUGUUCUAAACAUGAUUCAAGUCGUCUCAAAAAUUUAGUCGAAGUUGCCGCCUUGAUUUGCUCUUCACUUAAAAUAUUACAAGCUGCCUGUAUUUUGUUUUUUAAGUCCUGAAGAUUGACAUUUUGAUUGAGAUUUGCAUAAACUAGUCUUCAAAUAUCCCCAUAAAAAAAAAAAUCCAGUGGCGUUAAAUCUGGGGAUCGCGCAAGCCAAGGAACGACGCCAUAAGUACCAAUCCAGCGAUUUAGAAAUAUUUCAUUUAAAUAUCGUCUAACAAUAAUUGCAUUGCGGGCUGGUGCUCCCUCUUGCUGGAAAAAUGUACGGUUCUGUGUGUCUAAUGAAACAUCCAACAGUCUUGGUAGUUCAUUGGUUAAGAAAUUAAGAUAUCGUCUGCCAUUAAGCGUACCAUCGUAAAAGAACGGUCCUAUUAGCUUUCCACCAACUAACCCACACCAUACAUUAAUUCCCCAAGCCGUUUGAAAAUUAGUUUCACAUGACCAGUGUGGGUUUGUGUCAUCCCAGCAUCCAUGAUUUUGUUUAUUCAUAAUGCUAUUGUUAGUGAAUUUUGAUUCAUCACUUCAAAGAAUAUGAUUUAUAAUUAAAGCGUUAUCAUACAAUUUAAUAUUGAACCAAGCUAUAAAUUCCAACCUAUGAAUAGAAUCUCCUGCACGCAAAUGUUGGACAAAAUUGAUUUUAUAUGGGUGCAUUUUGUGUUUUUUUUAGAAUUUUUUGAAUAUAACCAUAUGAAAUUCCAAUUUCGUGAGUAACAUGCCUAAUUGAUGAACGUGGAUUAGCUCUUAUGUAUGCUAGUACCUGUAAUUCUGUAUCGUCAUCAAACAUAUUUACUCUACACCUUUGUUGAAUUAUUUGUUUGCCAGGAAAUCAUCCUCUUUUAAUCCUUGUAAAAGUCGUAAAACAUAAGGUGGAUGGUAUCUUUCUGGGUAUUGUUCAGCAUACAUCAUAGCAGCUAGGCAAACAUUAAGUUGACAUUCGCCAUAAAUUAAAACCAAUUCAACUUUUUCAGCGUUAUUCAUAUUUAAAAAUUAUAAUUUAUAGGAGCCCUUAAUAACCAGACAUCCACAGAAAACGCACACACUUUAGAACGGGUCUAGUUACAGGAUAAAACUAAAAUUAUAUUUUUCAUCAAACUAAAUGCUUUAUUAUCUGAUUAUCUUAUUGUUAUUAGAGCUAUUGUAAAAUAAAAUAUAAUUCUACUAUAAAAAUAGUUAAAAUUGUAAUUGUAUUAUUGCAGUUUACUGAACAAAAAUUAUCACAUAUUCGAGAUUUUCAUUCUAGUGUCCAACAGUAUUUUUAAAUUAUUAUUUGUAAACUGAACAUUUAUUUCAAAAUUAUUUUAGUAUUUCUAAUGAAAAUGAAAAUGAAAAUUUCAGAUAAAAACUUUUAAUAUGAACAAUUUAAAAAAAAAAUAAUUAUCCGGAUUUGUAGAAAAAAAAUAGUGUUUCCAUUUAAAAAUAUGUGAGUUGUAUUGCGCAUGCGCAUACCAAAAGUGUUAAAAAUUUGAAAUUUAUUUAAAAAUAUGUAUUUAGGUACUCCCUUCACCUCCCAAAAACCCUAUUUCAAUACAAGGUCAUCCACCAGAGAUAUUUAGUGUUACCUUAAAUCGUGAUCACACUGUAUACAUAUAUCUUUAGGCCCACCACUAGCCGGCUGAGGAGUCAAAAUAGUGGGAGAGAUGCGUUCUCGGGUUGACCUACCAACGUCAACUGAAAACGCAGUCGGUGCCACGGGUGGGGGAGCCCCACUUCACGCUGGACCGGCCAGGUCGCUCCGGACUUAGUGCCCCCAAGGUUGAGGAGCCUAACUCGGCUGAAACGUGGUGGCUGUGAGACAGGCGCCUGAUAGUAAAGCUAAUCCACUGUACCUAGUGGGCGCACGGGAACCUAUCCCGGUCGCGGAAAAGGUACGGACCUUCGGGUCCGGGGCCGGUGUUCCCUCUGAAGACCCUGGACCGGCGGCGGCCCGCCGUCGCCGCUCCAGCUCCACGACCGCCCGCAAGUAGCGCUCAGCGCUAAGACCCGGACGGCCGGCGGUAGGCGUCAGCCAUAAAACCCCAGGGAAUCAGUUGUAUACAUAUAUCAGUUCUUCCAUUCAAUUCUAGAAAUAUANUUCUGAACAAAGAUUACUAUUUUUUUUCUUUCUAUUAAACUGUGGCAUGGGUUCAAUUUGGCGACUCACCUGUGUGGAACUUUAUUUUGAUUCAAAAGGUUCCAAGUAUCAAUAUUAUAAAAAUAGCCAGUAUUUCAAAUGAUGAUACAUUUAACAAUAUAAGAGGUCUUACCUAUGCAGAUGGUCAAAAAUAAAUUAUUUUUUAUAGUCUGGUAUUAUUAGGAGAGCUAAGUAAAUAUUAACAAGGUGUUGACAUCAGUGCUCAUACUGUUAGUUUCUUAUAAUAAACUGCAAAGGACCUUUGAAAUUCGUCUUUAUCUUUAAGGAGUGAUUCAAAUUAGUAUUCUUUCAUUCUAACUACCUUCUUCAUUUUAAUAUAUUUAGUAUAAAUUAUAACAUUUUCUGUAUUACGGUUAUUGUUAUUUUAUCAUCAUUGUUUUUUCUAGUAGUAACACUUCAUUUAAACAUUCUCUUAUGAAAAUAAUCCCCUUUUAUCCCUGUAUAACAAAUAAUUUCCACCAUUAACAAUUUUUUUUUUUACAAAAAUCAAAAAUAAGUAGAAUUAUUUGGAUAGUCAAAACUUUAUUUGUUAUUAAACGUUAUAUUUAAUAUGUGAGCAUAACAUUGGAUAAAAGAUGCCAGUAGAUUUAAUUUACCCUUGGUAUAGUUACACAUUAAAACACCUCAAGUAAAAUAUUUUUUUUACUCCAAUUAUAGAUAAUAAAAAUUAUAUUUGUUGUCAUGUACCUAAUCAUAUGUAUAUUUUAUUUUAGAAAAGAUAAACCUGGCCUCCCCUUAUCACAUACAAAUUUUGUUUUAAUUUUAAAUUAAGUAAAUUUGCAUGUACUUACACCACAUAAGUAUAUAUUUGUUUGAGAAAAUAAGAAAUAAAAUAAAUUAUAUACUAACACCUAAUAAUAAUUAUGAAAUAAAAUAAUAAUUUAAAAAUAUUAAAUUUCUAUCAUCAAUUUUCUUAAUAUUUUAUAUUAUUUUUCUUCAAAAUAGUAUUAAAUACACUAAAAUAAAAUACAGAUUAUUAAAGUAUGUAAAAAUACGAAAAACAGUUUUGUAUUUAAUUUGAUUAUUUGAAACAAAUGUACUACUCACUUAGUUCUAUUAUUCCAAUUAUGUAAAUGCUACAAUUCAUGAGUCUCAGUUAUAACUAUAACUUAUAGGUAUUAACCAUAAUUUUUCAACAUAAUUAUAUUUUAAUAUAAAAUACUAUACUUCAACAGUAAAAUUUUUUAUAUAUCUGUAAAUAUAUAAUCAAAUGUUAUAACAGGAAUUGGAUUAGCCAUGGCUGCUGCUGUGAAGGGUUAUGAUUGCACUGUUGUUAUGCCUAUGAAAAUGUCUCGUGAAAAAGUGGAUGCUUUACGGAUUUUGGGAGCAAAAAUCAUACGUACACCUACAGCAGCUGCUUUUGAUGACUUAUCUAGUUUGAUUCGUGUAGCUCAUCAGUUGCACAUGGAUGAUCCUGAAAAUACAAUAAUUUUGGAUCAGGUGAGUUAAAAUAUUGUCCAGUAAUUUAUUAAUUAUAAGAGACUAAUUUGUUCUGUGGUUUUAAGUAUCGCAACAAAUAUAAUCCGCUAGCACAUUUUGAUGCAACUGGUCAAGAAAUAUUAGAUCAGACAAACAAUAAAGUUGAUGUUCUUGUUGCUGGAACUGGUACUGGAGGUACCAUCACAGGGAUUGGUAGAAAAUUGAAACAGGUUCUUGGGAAUAAAUGCCGUAUUAUAGCAGCAGAUCCUUAUGGUAGUAUUUUAGCAGUACCCGAUAGUCUUAAUGAAACCUAUGUGCAAACAUAUGAUGUAGAAGGCAUUGGUUAUGAUUUUGUGCCUACUGUUUUAGGUAAGUUAGUGUAAAUUAGUUGAUUUUAUAUCUAGUUAUUGAGGCUUAUACAAAAUAUUGUUAUCGCAGAUAGAUCUGUUGUUGAUGAAUGGUACAAAACUGAUGAUAAACAAGCAUUCCCCAUGGCUCGAAGGUUAGCACGUGAAGAAGGAUUAUUAUGCGGUAAUAUUUUAUUUAAGUAAUAUCAUUUUUGUGGGAGUAGAUUUAUCAUUGAUCAUAUAUUGAUUAAUAUUGAUGAAAUAAUUGAUGACUUGAAAACAACAUUAAACAAUUUGUUCAUUUUGAUUACAAAUUCUUGGUUAAAUUUUUACAUUGUUACCACAAUAAACAUUAUAAUUAAUUUUAUAAUUAGUAGAUGAUGUGAUAUCCUUGAGUAGAUUAGAUAUACUCUUUUUCAUAUAAGAAUGCACCAAAAUGCAGACAAAACCGGUCGAAACUCAAAACUCGCACGUGUCCUCACUCCUUCACACUUUCCCGACAGUUUCAGCCACAGUCAGUUGCAGUCAUCUUGUAUAUGUAGUGAUUUGUAUUCACACAACAUUUAAUGGCUAUUCAUAAAACAAUAUCUGCUGUUUUUUUAUGUAUGAUGCGGUAGAUAAUUCAAUUCUUUCAAUUCUUUCUUUUCAAAAAAAGAAAACAAUUACUAAUUUUGUGGUAGGGGUGUGUGAUUCCGCCUCUGAUAAUGAUGCGUAACACAGAGCGUUUUCAUUUGAAAAAGAGUAUAGACCUAAAUAUAAAAAUAUAUAUUUGAGAAAUAGUCAUUGAAAUCAAGUUACAAAUUAAUUAAAAGUAUAAAUUUAAAAAAAAAAAAUUGAAUUUUCUAAUUUUUUUUUUUCAAAAAACAAUUCCAUAAGCAUUGUUUUGUCAUCUACUCUUAUAGUAAUUUUCUGUAUUAUAGAAUAAAAUUAAUUUUUUAACUUGGUUAUAUUUAGGCGGUUCAAGUGGUUCUGCCAUGCAUGUUGCUAUUAAAGUUGCAAAAACUAUGAAGAAAGGUGAAACAUUAGUUGUUAUAUUACCAGAUGGUAUACGCAAUUAUAUGUCCAAGUUUGUUCAAGAUGAAUGGAUGCAGGAAAAAGGAUACGCCAUACCUGAAUAUGUUUAUGAAUAACUAAAUAAAUAAACAAAAAUGUUAGAUUUUUUUAUUUCAUUAAUACUUUUUAAAUAUUUUAUUCCAAUUUUUUGAAAAGUAAGAAUUUAAUAAAUUUGUAACAUUUGUUUAUUGUUUAUUUUAAAAUACAAUCAUAUUUUACAACUAAAUAAAUGCAGUAAUUUAUUCUAUUUUUUUAAAGAUAAACAUAAAUGCAUAAUAAUGUGUAUUGUUUCAUGUUAUGUACCAUAAUAGUUAUAAACAAAAAUACAUAAUGAUCAUUAAUUUAAUAUCUGUUAUAUUAAUAGUUAAUAAAUAAUUAUGUUACAUAUUUUAUUUGCUCUUGGUAGAAAUUGUUUAUAAUGAUAUUGGGUAAUAUUAAUAUUAGUACAUAAUUUAAAAUAUUUUGUGUUUACCUAUUUUUACAUAAUUAAUUUUAUUUAAAAAAAAAAACCUAUUGUUUAUUUGGUUUGAUUUUGAUUCGUGAUAUUUAAAAGUAUACUGUAAUUUUAAUUUCAAAUGUUAACCCUGAAAAUUAAGUAAAAACUAAUAAUAAUAGCAAAUU